AUGGCAGUGAUAUGGAUUGCAAGGCGAUCCGUCAUUGAUACGAAGCAUUACAUUUCAGCUUCUUAUGCGCUGCCAAAACCCUUUCAUUGUCGUUUAAAAUCCACGACUCUACAUCCUGACUCGUCUGUGAAUUCUGCUCAGAAUGGAGCAGCUCAACCUAAUCCACCUCGACAGACUGAUCCUUUGGACUUAACAUUCGAAAACUCGAAAGAUGCAUACAAAAGUAAAACCACGUGGGAAAUAUUCAGGGCUAUUGUUGUGCUUAAAUUGAGUACCAUUGAUUUCCUCGUUGAAAAUCAUCAAAUGGCAAGUUUAUGCAAAGCAGUUUUGGGGUCGAAGCUUUUCAACUGGAUGAUGCGGCACACAUUCUAUGGGCAUUUCGUGGCUGGUGAAAAUACGAAAUCAAUUCGUCCUACACUGGAAAGGCUGCGUUCCUUUGGGGUGAAAAGCAUUCUUGAUUACAGUGCCGAAGAAGACAUGAGCGAAGAUCAGGCAAAGGAGGCCAUGCAACGGGCUACUAUAGCGCAUAAAAUAGAAAAAUCAGAAAGUGGAGAUUUAAAGCAAUACAAGCCCUAUAAAGAAUUUGCUGAUCGUAGAAAAUAUAAAGCAAAAGCACGCACAUAUUUUUACCUAAGUGAGGCUCAGUGUGAAAAGAAUAUGGAUACUUUUCUCAGGUGUAUAGAUGCAGUAGCUGGUACUACACAGUCAACUGGUUUUGCUGCCAUAAAAUUAACUGCCUUAGGCCGUCCACAACUUUUGAUGCAACUGUCUGAAGUUAUCGCUCGUACCCGCCAAUACUUCAAAGAAGUCACUGGAGCCCAAACAGAGAAUAUGGUUGCAGCAAGUGUGAGCCCCACCGUAAUUGCCAGCAAACUCGAGUAUCAUAAUAUCAAAGUAGACAAUGAAGAAGUCAAAAACUGGCUUCAAAAUAUGGAUUAUGAUCGCAAGGGGCUCAUGAAUAUGUUUUCCUGGAGCGGUCUGGUUGAUAUGAACUAUGUUAUGUCCGACUUGUUCAAGGUUCCUAAUCUGCAGAGCGGAAGAAUGGAGCUAAUAAUUGCAGCCUUAAAUAAUGAAGAAGAGGAAAUGUUUCGAAACAUGAUGAGACGCCUUCAUAAUAUUGCCAGGAGUGCCCGGGAAAAAGAUGUGCGUGUGAUGAUCGAUGCGGAACAAUCAUAUUUUCAGCCAGCCAUCAAUAGGAUAACAAUGGAAAUGAUGCGGAAAUAUAAUAAACAGAAAGCUAUUGUUUUCAACACUUAUCAAUGCUACUUAAAGGAAGCAUACAACAAUGUUGUUCUUGAUUUGAAUUUAGCUAAAAGACAAGGCUUUUAUUUUGGUGCUAAAUUGGUCCGUGGAGCUUAUAUGGAGCAGGAAAGAAUAAGAGCUCAAGAGAUUGGAUAUCCCGACCCAAUCAAUCCCACUUAUGAAGCUACAUCUGAAAUGUACCACAAAACUCUCAGUGAGGUUCUGAGACAGAUCCAUGAGGAUCUUACAGCAUCAGCAGAGAAGAAAAUAGGAGUCAUGGUGGCCUCGCACAAUGAAGAUACUGUUCGUUUUACUGUUAAAAAAAUGGAAGAACUUGGAAUUAAACCAGAGCAUAAAGUUGUAUGUUUUGGUCAACUGUUGGGUAUGUGCGACCAAGUGAGUUUUUUGCUUGGUCAGGCUGGUUAUUCUGUGUAUAAAUAUGUUCCUUACGGCCCCAUUGAUGAAGUGUUGCCUUACUUAUCAAGACGUGCUUUGGAGAACCAUGGAAUCUUGAAGAAAGUAGAUAAAGAGUUGAAUCUGUUGAGGAAAGAAUUGAUACGGAGAAUGUUGACAGGUCAAAUAUUUUACAAGCCUAAGGGAAAUUAUGUGCCUGCAUGAAAGUAAAAGGAAAAAAUCUGCUUUAAAA